AUGAUGUUCCCCAGCCUCAUCGCUCCGCCGGCCGUCUACCCCAGCCUCCUGCGGCCGACUCCCACCCUCACCUUGCCUCAGUCGCUGCAGUCAGCUUUUUCCAGCCAUUCCAGCUUCCUGGUGGAAGAUUUGAUCCGGAUCAGCAGGCCCACCAGUUACCUGCCCAGGACUGCCCCCCCGCCCAGCAUGUCCCCCCCAACCUCGGCGGCCAGGACGGACUCGGGGACGCCGGAGCUCACCAGCUCCACCACCGCCGCCGGCUCCAGGAGGAUCUGUUCGCCACAGACUUCCAGCAGCGACUCCACUUUCCUGAAGUUUGGAGUCAACGCCAUCCUCUCCUCCGCCCCCCGCGCCGAAACUUCCCCUGCGUUGCUUCAGAGCGUCCCUCCAAAGACUUUCUCCUUUCCGUACUUUGAAGGAUCCUUCCAGCCCUUUAUCAGAUCUUCCUAUUUCCCAGCCGCCUCCACCGUGGUCCCCAUCCCCGGCACCUUCUCCUGGCCGCUGGCUGCCCGUGGCAAACCCCGCCGCGGCAUGCUGCGCCGCGCCGUCUUCUCUGACGUGCAGCGCAAGGCACUGGAGAAGAUGUUCCAGAAGCAGAAGUACAUCAGCAAACCCGAUAGGAAGAAGUUGGCGGCCAAGCUGGGCCUCAAGGACUCGCAGGUGAAGAUCUGGUUCCAGAACAGGAGGAUGAAGUGGAGGAACUCCAAAGAAAGAGAGCUCCUCUCUUCUGGUGGUUGCAGAGAACAGACCCUACCCACCAAGUUCAACCCUCACCCAGACCUCAGUGAUGUAGGCAAGAAAUGUUCAGGAGAGGAGGAGGAGGAGGAGGAAGUUCCCCCCGUGUGCCCAGCCAGCCCCCAGCAUCCCUUAACCUACCACCAGUCCCCCGAACAUCUACACUUGAGGGACAGACUGGACUCCCAGAUGUCUCCUUCUCCGUCCCAUUCUAGCAGCCCCAGCAAACCUUCAGACUUCUCAGACUCAGAGGAAGAGGAUGAUGAAGGGGAAGAGGAAGAGGAGGAGAUAACAGUCUCUUAG